AACCUUUUCAAGUGACCGUGCCUAUUUUAAAACUCCUCCUUCAUCUUCAGAAGUAUAUUAAAGAGUCAUCUGUAGAAUCUCUCUGUAUUACUGAUAGUACUAUUAAAUUUCUUGAUAGGCAAGAAGACCAGGUUCCUAUUAAUUUAGCACCAGAAAUUAAUGAUGAUUUGUUAGAAACUC